AUGGAGCCUUACACCAUUGACCCAGCAAAGCAGUGGAGCAACACUAUAAGAAUCCUUCAUAAAUUUGACGCUUACCGUGUUGCAUAUAAAUACGUCGACUCCCAACCAAUCCAUGCAUUCUUUGUCAUUCCCAAGCAACUCCCACCAGGACCCAGGCCUCUGUUGGUGAGGUUCCAUGGUGGUGGAUGGACUGAAGGAGAGGCCGAUGCCUCCCUCAGACCAUUUUUCCUCGAGUUGGCACUCAAGCACGGGGCCAUAGUGCUCACACCAGACUACCGCCUCCGGCCAGAACACGAGAUGACAGAUGGUCUCGAUGAUGUACGCUCUUUCUGGAAGUGGGUCGAGCAGGAGGCGCAACAAGUCCUCCGGCAGGCGAUUCUCGGGCUUGAGCUAGAUGCUCGCAACUUGCUUGUUGGCGGCGAGAGUGCGGGCGGUUAUUACACGGCGCAGACUGCGAUGCUACGCAUGACACAGUUGCCCAUCAAGGUUCUUUUCAUACAGUACCCAGGUAUUGAUCUUGGGAAGCUGCUUAACAUUCCAGAGAACAGGACUCUAGAGGAAAUCAAACUUGACUAUAGGUUGACCCCGCCCCUUCCUUAUUCACUCAUAGAGGAGCAUUUGGCAGGGCUGGAGCCUGGUAAAAUUUGCACUCGAGCCAAGUUCGGCACCAGGAUGGACCUCCACCGGGCCAUGAUUCAGGCUGGCAAAUUCUGCGAUAUUUCUGGUGACAGGGCUUGGAUCGAUCCAAUGAGCAGUGUCGAAACAGCCCCGAAGAUGCCGCCGAUUCUGUUAGUGCACUCGAAGGAGGAUGAAGCUGUUUCGUGGGAGUAUUCGGAAGCAUGGGCGGAGAAGCUGCAACGGCUUCAGCCAGACGUGCCAAUGCAUUUAAGUUGGCAGACGGGUCACCAUGUCUUCGACAGGGACCAUAACAUGGAAACACCAUGGCUGAAGGAGCCACUUGAAUUUGUGCAGAAGUAUUGGCCUGUUCCGGCCAAUAUUGUGCCGGUGUCGGCGUAG